UUUUAUGUUAAAAAAAUAUAGCAUAACAAUGAGAAAGGAGGAGAAGAAAAAGGAAGGGGGAAGAUCAAAGAUGAGGCACGUAUUGAGGGUUAGAUUGGCUUCAUUCUUCGCGGGGGCAGCAACGGCGUCGUUUCUGGGUUUCUACAUCCUCUAUAAGGAUUACAUGGUUGCCCAUGAAUCCAUCACCCAACAGCUGAAAAGUCUUCAUGAGCUCCUGGAUAGGCGAAUCUCUGCUUUGGAAAGUUUGAAACAGGCUGAAACUUCACAACAAGCGGAAGCAACAGAGUAUAAUGUUUCCUAACAAUGAAAUUGGUUCAUUUCUCCUUUCGGACCUAUUGUAAUAAACAAAUAUCUGUAGCUGAAGUUUCAUGUGUACUUCUUUGUGGGAAUACACUGCCUUUUGACAUGAUUUCCCUCGUU